GGAGCGGAGCAGGGGAGGCUGAAAAUGGUGCAGCAUCAACAAGGGAAAAAGGCGCAGCGGUCGCGCAGAUGGAAUGACGCGCCUUCCCCUAAACACUCACUUUGAGAUUUUACUCCGACGACAAAAGAAGAGGUAAAUGGCAGGGUUUGGUAAAGUGCUGGCCAGCCGAUGCAGUGUGUAGGGCCCGGUGUCCAAGCUGACGAAAACAUGAACGGGGCGGGGGAGCAGGUUGACAUCCUGCCCUCCAACUGCUUGGUUAAAGAGCGCUGGAAAGUGCUGAAGAAGAUAGGGGGUGGCGGGUUUGGGGAGAUAUAUGAGGCCUACGACCUGUUGACACGGGAAAAUGUAGCGCUAAAGGUGGAAUCUGCCCAACAGCCCAAACAAGUGCUAAAAAUGGAGGUUGCUGUACUGAAAAAACUGCAAGGAAAGAAUCAUGUUUGCAAAUUCAUUGGAUGUGGGAGAAAUGACAAGUUCAAUUACGUUGUAAUGCAGCUGCAGGGAAGAAAUCUGGCUGAUCUGAGGCGGAGUCAGCCUAGAGGGACAUUCAGUUUGAGUACGACUCUACGGCUGGGGAAACAGAUCCUGGAGUCCAUUGAAGCCAUUCACUCUGUGGGCUUUCUGCACCGAGACAUUAAACCUUCUAACUUUGCCAUGGGCCGGUUGCCGUCCACCUGUAGGAAAUGUUACAUGCUGGACUUUGGAUUAGCUCGUCAAUACACAAAUACAAAUGGGGAGGUACGGCCGCCGAGGACAGUAGCAGGAUUCCGAGGAACAGUUCGCUAUGCUUCCAUUAAUGCACAUAAAAAUAAGGAAAUGGGUCGUCACGAUGAUUUGUGGUCAUUGUUUUAUAUGCUGGUAGAGUUUACGGUUGGACAGUUACCCUGGCGAAAGAUAAAAGAUAAGGAGCAGGUGGGACAGAUUAAAGAACGUUAUGAGCACAGGAUGUUGUUGAAACACAUGCCUGCUGAGUUUCAUAUCUUCUAUGACCAUGUGCUGGAUUUAGAUUACUACACCAAACCUGAUUAUCAGUUGCUAAUGUCAGUGUUUGAGAACAGCAUGAAAGAGAGGGUGAUAACAGAGAAUGAGUCAUACGAUUGGGAAAAAUCUGGAACAGAUACAGCCCUCCCUAGCAGCACAAACACACCACCACAACAAAACACAAGGCAAACUGCUGCCAUCGUGGGGUUGGUGAAUGUGAUACCAGUACCUGGGGAAUUACCAAGGGAAAACACUGAUGAUGUUUUGCAAGAUGAACACCUGAGUGACCAGGAGAAUGCCCCACCUGGUCUGAUACCCAGUAGGCCUAGCGAACCCGCACCAGCCCAGCCUGCUGGUAAAGGUUGGGACGAAACUGACUUCAACCGUAACAAACUCAGGAUCAGCAUUAGUAAGACACAGGUAGCGGCAGAAGAGGGAGAGGAGUCUGCAGGAGGAGUACGGUCUGUGUCCCCAGUGAGGGGUGGUGAAGCAGACACUCAGGCCCGCCCUCCGAGGUACCGGAGAGUUAACAGCCCAGAAUCAGACCACCUGUCUGCUGCUGAGGAUAGAGGAGAUGGCAUGGAUAAACGCUCUCGUAUGGAUAUGCUGGGUUCUCCAUCUAGACACGUCUACUCUUCCCAGCCUGCUCAGAUGCUCUCUUUAGACGCUGGACAGGGAGAUCGACUGGGUGGUGGGCGCCAUGAUGUUUCUGCAGAUGGAGACCAGGAGGCCCACAGCAACGCCUUCAUCCGCUCAGUCCCGCUGGCAGAGGAGGAGGACUUUGACAGCAGAGAAUGGGUGAUGAUUGAUAAAGAAACAGAGCUAAAAGACUUCCAUCCUGGGGCAGAGCCUACCACCUCAGGCACCACGGAUGAAGAACCGGAGGAAUUACGCCCCCUGGAGGACCACGAGGAGAGGAGAAGGAGGGGAGGUGGUCAUGGGAUGGGUGGAGCUGAGGCUGUGGUACGACCCAAAACGCAACGUGGGAUGAUGAUUGUAGCAGAGGAGGAGGGGCCAGGACCAAGCCCUGCCCAUUCACCUUGUCACUCAUUGCCUCAUACCUGCCCGCGGAGGAGCGAGUCGCAGCCGUUUGGACCUGAUGGAACGGAGGUCGCAGUGGCUGAAUGUUUGCCUUCCUCCUCGCAAACACGUCUGAAAAGAGUAGACUUCAUGUCUGGUGUGUUGAUGUUUGACGAUCUAAGAGAGGAAGGCGCAAAGGCGGGAGGGUUAGGCAGUGAUGGAAGCCCUCGCAGUAGUGAGGGAAGCCCGGAGGGUGCUGUUUCCACCCUGAUUGCCCCUGCCCACCGGGACCACGACCAGGAAGAGGGCUCGCGCACCCUAGUUCUUGUCUCCGCUGGUAACGGGCAGGUUUCACCUGGAGAUGGACAGGGUACCCUUGCUGCAUUGACUCCACAGGGAGAGCGACCAGUGCCAGACGAAUCAGAACCUGGGACUUUCUCCUCCGUCAUUAAGUCUGAACCCAGGCCUAUCGUCAUGACAACUGCAGCUGUGAUCACCAGUGGUUCUUCCUCACCGCCGUUCACCAAGGUGGAACGAACUUUCAUCCACAUUGCUGAGACGACACAUCUCAAUGUCAUGACAGCCAGACACCGUCCAUCUGGACUGGAUGAGGUGGCAUCAACAGAGCGUGAGGAGUCAGGUGGAGAGAAAGAGGAGAAGGAACGAAAAGGGGUCAGUGAAGGGAAGGAAAAAGAGAGCAAUAGUGAGCAGAUUUCAGUAAAAGUAGAAGAAUGUGAAGCAGAGGAGGAAAAGGAGGUAAAUAAGGGAGAAAAGGAAGAGAGUGAAAGAGAGAAUGACAGAGAGGCUGAAGAAUCAGAGAAGGAGAAAUCAAGUAAGAGUAGUAGACAGGAAGCAGAGACUGUGUUUUUAGCUGAGUUACAUGACCAGCUCGAGGCUACAGCUAUUGGCCCUGAAGAACCCCAUUACACGGAAACCAAAAUGGAAGUCAAACCAGACAGCAUCAGACUAGAUGUAGACCAGUAUCAGGAAUUCGAACAAGAAGAGUGUCCUCCUCCAACUCCUGAACAAAAGAGAGAAACUAAAGUAAAAUAUGAGGAAGUUGUGUCUACAAAGGAGGCAGACUUGCCCAGUAGAAAGGCGGAGUUUGUGGGAAACACGCAGCCACACCCACAGAGACGGAGCCGUAUUCCCGUGCUUGCAUCUGAGGAGGAAACCGGCUCGGACAAAUCAUCUCAGACGAGUCAAGAGCAGUUGCAACGCACUCGUAAAAGCCGACAGCAACAACUGGCCCGUCUCGUUCUGGAACGUAAACAGUCACAUCUUGUUCGUUCUCGCUCAGCCUCUUCCCACUCACCGUCCGUCUCGACGACGGCAUCUGAGGAUGAAAUGCACCAAUCAGAUGACUCCACUAAAGGGGAGAGUGGAGCGGAUGGGCAAAUUAGGAGCAGGAUCCCUCGGCCAUUUACACCCAUAAGGGGGUCUUUUGACCAAUCAGGGAGCACGACCCUCCCGCAAACCCAGAGAUCUGUCUCUUUCAUUCAAUACAGAACCAAUGGUUCUGUCAAUCCCAGGAUACAAAAGUCUGCAAGUCUGCACACAAAUAUCCAUCAGCAUCCACCGAAACCUCAGCUCCGCCCCUCUAAAACACUUCCACCCCAUCCUCCUUCCUCAGGCCCCUCCCGCUCACAAGGAAGUUGGACCGCCACACGUACCUUAUCUCGUACCUCAGCUCCUAAUGUCCCCCGAAGCAUUAGCACCUCCCCUCGGAGUUACACCACCUCUCGCACUGAUAGCCCCUCCCCCCAGCGCAUCCGCCGACAACCUGCAGCCAAUGAAACGCAAGGACAACCCCAGCAACCCAGACCUUCUUGCCCAUCACAGUCCAAAUCCAAACCUCAGGAUCCCACCCAAAAAAAAAAGAACAAACUCCACUCAUCAGCCACACCCCAAAAAGGGAAGAAAGAUCCACUAGAAUCAAAGACUAAAAUGAGAUAAUUACAGCAUGUGGAACAAGGAAAUUAUUCCUCCCAAUGAUCGUUCUAUCCUCUCUUAAAUCUCUAGUCCAUCCAUUAUCCUAGGCAUCACCAUUUAGGAUCUGCUAGCUCAUAACAGUCCCUCUCCAAGUCAUCUGUGUUGGACUCAGAACCUCUCAUGAACCACAGCAAAUUCAACCAAACAAUAUGGAUGGAAAUAUUCUGUAUUUAGCCUAGUGACUGCAGUGGCUACUUAAAUACCUCUGAUGAGGAGAACCUCUGACAUUUACACGCAUACAUGCACAGGGAGUGUACAAAAUUGUGUGCGUGGGGAAGUUGUCAUUAAUGAAGUGUGUUGGACUGAUGAGCACACCUCAUAUGCCUUAAACCUGCAAAGGAAAUAAUUGCUGCCAUCACAAAAAAGCUUCCACAGGCUAUACCCUCCUCUACAUGGUGCAAACACUACUGUCAUGUCAGAUAUACUGAAUAACUACCAAUCACAUCAUAUGUGUUAAACUUCAUGUUCUGGCUUGAAAACACUUUCCGUCCAUGUUCAGAUCUGGUUUAAGUAAAUGACUGCAGAUACAUACUGUUAUUUUAAUGAAAUAUGAUUUACAACAUAUUUUUGACCAACAUCAUAAUGUUAGAAUCUGAAAAAAUAAAUCUUUAUUCACACUUGCAGAAAUGUAAGUCAUUUUGAAAGUCCCUAAUACACUUAAGAUUCCACUUGUCAUUUUUUGGGACAGCCUUUAAAAUCAGUUUCCACAUUCAAUUUCUGUGUUUUUAGUAAUCUAAAUAUACAUAUAUAUAUAUAUAUAAUAGUCACAUGCACCUACAACUUGGUGCUUCUAUGCAGAAUGGAGCAAAAAAUCUGAUAUAGGCCUAAACAAAUUUAACCUCUGCUCAGAACUAAGAUGACUAACUCUGCUGCUACAAUUUAAUGUCAAUCAUUUAAUCAUCUUGGCCCUUCCCCCUGUAUAUGAUUCUUUUCUCUGGGACAAUCCAUCACUUGUCUGCAAAAUUAAUUUGUUAACAAAUCCCGGACCAUCACUGCUCUAAUGGCAUGCGUUUGGAUAUGCUCAUCUGUUUCUGUUGGUCUUUUGCAAAACUGUAGAUAAUAUAAGCAGUACUUAUAGUACUAAACAAGUUUAUAUUUUGUUUAAAAAACAACAAAGUUUACAAAAAAGAUUAAUGGACGAAAAUAGAACUACAUGUGACACUCUUAGGUUAGUUAAAAGGCGAAAAUUAGGAUGCGGAAACCAGCUUCACUCUUCAGGGUGAUUUAUUUCAGCUUUCACACAAAACUCAACGUAAAGUGCUUAUUUAUAAGGUUUCACACAAACAUAAAGAACCGCUGCCAUCCAUAGCGUUUUCAGCUUUAAGUCUUCUCCCUGACUGCGGCUCUGCCUGCUCCUUUUAUCUCCCUCCAGCUCUCACUGUUAACACAAAACAGCUGUCAGAAAUAAUUUUCCACAGGUGUCAGUCCUUACCAUUCCCACUCUCCCGGCCUCGCUCUCCACAGACGUCGCUCGGCUAUGCCCAUAUCUCCACAUACCCCCCAUCGCCCGACUCAGGCUGGGGAGCCAUACGGCCUGUCAUUCCAACCCCCACCACCCCACCUCCAUUUCUAGAGAGGAAAUCCGCCACAGCCAUCUGCGCCCCCGGCCUGUGGACCACCUCAAACUUAAAAGGAUGGAGAGCCAGAUACCAAUGGGUGAUCCGUAUGUUGGUAUCCUUCAUGCAGUGGGGCCACUGGAGUGGGCCGUGGUCCAAACAGAGGGUGAAAGCAUGCCCCAGCAGAUAGUACCGGAGGGUGAGGACCGCCCACUUGAUGGCCAAACUCUCCUCCUCAAUCGUGCUGUGCCUAGUCUCGCUCAAUGAGAAUUUGUGACUAAUGUACAGCACAGGGCGCUCCUCCCCCUCCACCAUCUUGGACAGUACUGCUUCCAACCCCCUGUCCGAUGCAUCCAUCUGCAAGAUAAAAGGGAGAGAGAAAGUGCAGCUUUCACCAGUGUGAACGCCUGCUGACACGGCUCCGUCCACUGGACCAGAUCUGAUGUCCCCUUUUUAGUAAGAUCAGUCAGUGUGCUGCUGAUGGUCGAAUAGUUAGGCACAUACCUACGAUAAUAACCAGCCAGCCCCAGGAACUAUCUCACCUCCGGUUUUGGUCUUAGGUCUCGGGCAGGCUGCAAUCGCUACGGUUUUAUCAAUUUGGGGCCACACCUGCCUUUGACCCAAGUGCAAGCCCAGAUACCUUACUUCCACCCACCCAACUGCACAUUUUGGGUUUGCCGUGAGUCCUGCUUGUCUCGACCUCAGGACAGCCCUCAGAUGCUGCAGGUGCCACUGCGAAUCAUUAUUGUAAAUAAUUAUGUCAUCCAGAUAGGCAGCGACGAAAGCAGUGUGCGGUCUGAGGAUUCGGUCCAUGACCCACUGAAAGUAGCCAGGGCCCUGAACAAACUGAACGGAAGCGUCACAAAUUGGUGUAAUCUGAAUUGUGUGGAAAAUGCCGUCUUCUCACGGGACAUGGGAGUUAAGUGGAUCUGCCAAUAUCCCUUUGUUAAAACCAGUGUCGAAUAAAAGCGAGCUGCGCCUAACCGAUCGAGCAGUUCAUCAAUCCAAGGCAUUGGGUAUGCAUCAAAUUUAGACAUUGCAUUGACUUUACUAUAAUCCAGAACCGGACCAAACCGACGCUCUUUGGGACCAGCACCACCAGGCUGGCCCAGUCACUGUGGGAUUCUUCUAUUAACCCCAUAUCUAGCAUGGCCUUUAAUUCUUCCCGAACCACUUUUUUGUAUGACCGCGAAGAGGCGAGAACACAUCAGAGAAUUCUCCUUACAACCUGACAACCUCCGUAACUUGUGACAGUGAGAGGUGGUCUCCGCAAUUGACCGGGGUGACUUGAUUGAUGGCUUUUAAGUUCACCAGUCCGAGCUCCUCCCUCUCUGGAACCAUCGUCGCCAAAGUCACGAGGACUGACUGGUGGUUUUUGGAGAUUGAGGUGGUAAAUCUGAUGUGCAUCACCUCUAUCCGUGCAUUUAACCUCAUAAUCGACUUCAACUCACUGUGUGACCUCAAAGGGUCCUUGCCACUUGGCGUGUAAUUUAGAGCUCAACAUGGGGAGUAAUACAAGGACUAUUGCGCUUUUGGGGUGGCCGCGGGAUUCACCAGCUGACAUUCACUGCAUUCUGCACACCACCUGCGAACAUCCCCGUGAACGCCCGGCCAAUAGAAAAUGGUCAUCUGACGGAUUAGUGUUUUUUCCUGCUCUAAGUGACCCGCCAUCGGAUUAUAAUAAACCAUCUGGAAUAACAUUUCCCGAUGGCUCUUCAGUAUUAACAGUUGGGUUGUAUCUUCUUUUGUCUGAGUGUCCUGCAUCACUCGAUACAACCGAUUCUUAAUAAUAUGGGUAAGAUAGCACAAUGACCAGCUGGAGGCGUUAACAUCAAUCACUUUCACAUGGUCAAAGGCGUGCCUAAGGGUUUCGUCUCACAUAUGCUCCAGAGGAAAUCCCCUGCAGGGAAUCCACUAAGGGCGUGGCUUCCCCCUCCCUUGGGUCAUCCUGACGUGGAGCCGGUGUAGACAACCCUGGCACUGCCUCCCCAGCCAGCGAAACGCUCACCACACACCGAUACAUUUUGUUACAGGACCCAACCGCACAAAUUCUCUUCAACAAAGUUGUAAAUUCCAGCCAAUUCAUACCCAAAAUUAGUGGAUGGGUGAGGCAGGGACUAGCCACAGCCUCGACACUAUGCUUUUGUCCCCAAAAUUAAAUUAUGACUGUCACUAAGGGGUCAUUUUGAACAUACACGUGCACAAACCUUACCUUCACCAUUUGGCCUGUACCCAAAGCCUCGUAUUGAACCAAGCUUUGGUGAAUGGAGGUUUGAUUACUACCUGAAUCGACCAUGGCUUGGUAUGUACCCCCCUUAAUACUCACAGGUAUCUGGUAGGCUCCUGCUUGAUUGGGGGCGGCCUGUGGCAUGUCAGGGAUCCGGACCAAUGUCCCCACCUCCAUCGCGGGGCAUCGGUCCUGGAAGUGUCCUGGUUCCCUGCAGCUCCAGCAGACUGUCCCAGACUUCACGCCCACACCUGCGGCAGAGGUUUCACCAACCUGGGGAAAAGAGCGGAAGAGAGAGGAGAAACCGGUGGGUUAAAAGAUCCCUGGGCCCAGGGAAUCGGUUUAACUUUCCGGGAAGUGGGAACAGGACGAGGACAAGAGGAAGGGGAGGGGGGAGAAGGAGAGAGAGAGAGAGAGAGAGAGAGAGAGAGAGAGAGAGAGAGAGAAAAGAGGGCUUCUGAACUGCCACCAAGUGGUCCUCAGCCAGCUGGAUGGCUACAUCCAGCGACACCGGGUGGUGACAUUGGACCCAUUCCGCCAUCCCCUUCAGUUGCUGGGUGAUAAAUUGCUCCAGCACCACUAGAUCUACUACGGCCCCAGUGUCAUGUUCGGCUGUCAGUAACCAUCACCGGCAGGAGUCACAGAGAUUUUGCACAAAGGCAAAUGGGCGGCCGAGCUCACCAAGUGUCAGAGAACGGAACCGCUGGCGAUGCUGUUCUGGGCUGUGACCGACCCGCUGCAGGAUGGCUUGCCACAGCUUCUCAUAUUCCAGGAGGUCUGCCACUGGAAGCUGCUAGGCCGUGAGUUGGGACUUCCCAGUCAACAACGGCAAGAGGCGGACCGCCCCAUGGUUGUUGGGCCAUCACCAGGACUAAGGUGCUAUCACAGAGUGUUUCUACCUGCCUGCUCUAGUCAUUUGGUGUUUUCUCGUCCUGUGCUUGGAUACAUCUCUGAAGAUUGUCAAAACUGUAGGAAGCAGAGACAUAUGCUAAGAAAAAAAUUAAUUAGUGCACACUAGCCAGUGUUAUUUGUAAGUUCUACAUAUUGUACUGGUGUGCACAUUAACUUAAAGGGAGUGCUUUUUCAACCAUUCCCACUACAGAACCAUUGCAUGCUGUUCUUUGGAUGAGAUUACAGGAAAAUAUGUUCUGCAGUAUGUUCCAGAAUGUUCUAUCUGUGGAGAAUCUAGAAGACUCUUUCUGCUCUUAAUACCAACAAUAUAAGGCAAAGACAGCUCUUUGGUCAUCUCUCUUCAGUGCGUUCCUUUGUGCCCAUUGAGACAGAGAGAAUUUCCAUGAAUGUGUUUCAUGAAUCAUGACUGACUAAUAACAAAGAGAAACCUUUCUGAGUUAUAUAAUAAAAAGGUAUUACAAAUAUCAUUGAUGCCAUUCAAUAAACAGAA